AUGACAUCCAGAUAUAGAGUGGAAUACGCGCUCAAGAGUCACCGUCGUGACGAGUUUAUUGAAUGGAUCAAGAGCCUUCUUGCAGUGCCAUUCGUCCUUCAUGCCGACGUCCAGAACUACUCCCACGGCAUGAGCCACCACUACUCCUCCAUUGAGGAGUACGAGCAGUAUCUCGUGGAACAGGACUCGGAAAUUGCUUUGGAGUGUCAAAAGAGAUACCAGGAGAUCUUCGAAGACGUGGAACGUUUGAUUGAACACACCAUAUUAAUCGAUGACUCCAACCAAAAGACCAACAGGCCUUUGGCCCAGAGUAGGUUGAGACGAUUGGUGCCCUCCGUGGGCAAGUUCUUCACCACAUUGCCCUUGACCGAGGCGUUUUUGAUCGAGGACGAACGGAGAGGGAUUUCCAAGAGAAGGUUGGUCAGCCCUUCCUUCAAUGAUGUCAGAAUGAUCUUGAACACCGCCCAAAUCUUGGCAUUGACCAAGAUCUAUAGAAGACAUUCACAGGUCGGCUCCAAGUUGAAGUUGAUCACAUUUGAUGGUGAUGUCACUCUUUACGAUGACGGUAAGUCCUUGCAGGAAGACGAUCCAAUUGUCCAGAGACUUGUGGCCUUAUUAUCGUUGGACCUUUUCAUAGGAGUCGUAACGGCAGCUGGCUACCCUGGUGAACUGGGAGCAGAAAAAUAUUACGAAAGAUUGAAGGGAUUGAUUGAUGCCAUCAAGAACAGUAGCGUCUUGACUGCCAAACAAAAGGAGAAUAUGUUGGUCAUGGGAGGUGAAUCAAACUAUUUGUUCAGAUACGACAGUAACUUGGAAAGAUUGAAGUUCGUUGAUGCAGGAGACUGGUACUUGCCUAUCAUGAAGAGCUGGAACAAGGAAAAGGUCAGCUAUAUUAUGCAAACCAUCCACAAGCAUUUCCUACACUUGCAAAAUAAGUUUGGAUUGGUUGAACAUACCACCAUUAUUUUGAAGGAAAGAUCCGCUGGUAUCAUUCCAAAUCCUGGCUACAAAAUUCUUAGAGAACAUUUGGAGGAAAUGGUACUUUCGUGUUCCUUGAAGCUUUCGGAAAUAUUGUCUCACACAUCUGAUGAUACGGUCACUAAUGAGUUUAUGGAUAAUGAAGACCCAGAAUCUGCCCUUAAGGACGGAAUCCCAACCGAAGAUAUCAAGGUGUGCGCUUUCAAUGGAGGUGCUGAUGUCUGGGUCGAUAUAGGUGAUAAGAGUUUAGGGGUGGAAUCAUUGCAAAAGUAUUUGUGUCAGGACGAGUCUUAUGAUCACAUCUGCCCUAUUCAAAAGAGUGAAAGUUUGCAUAUUGGUGAUCAAUUCGCUUCAUUGGGAGCCAACGACUUCAAAGCUAGACUCAGUGCCUGUACCGUCUGGAUUGCAAAUCCCACCGAAACUGUUGAGACUUUGGAUGAUUUAAUUAAUCACCUUCAAUAG